AUUUCUAUUGCACAAGAUAUGGGAAGAUUUCAUUUGCUUACUUCUUUGAGCAUUCUUCGUUGUGAAAAAGUAAGGAGCAUAUCAGAAGAGUACCUGAGUGGCCUUAAUAGUUUGAAGAAUGUAGAGAUGGGUCCUUUUUGGUCAGAGCUAGAGGAAUUCCCUGGACUUGGACUAACUUCCAUCCCUCACCGCAACAUCUCUAUUGAAACUUUGUUUUUGGACGGAUGGGAUAAAAUAAAGUCUUUGCCACAUCAGCUUCAACAUUUUACUGCCCUCAGAGAAUUACAGAUACGCAAUUUCAACGGAGUGGAAGCUUUUCCAGAGUGGUUGGGGGACCUCUCUUCUCUUGUUUCUUUAUCGAUUUGUUCAUGUAACAAAUUGAAUAGAAUUCCAGAGGAGUGCCUGGGUAGGCUCACUCGCUUGAAGCAAUUAACGAUGGGUCCUUUCUACUCAGAGUCGGAGGAAUUUCCUGGACUCACUUCAAUCCAUCACCUCCACGCCUCCCUUGAAAAUUUGAAAUUGGUUGGAUGGGAUAAACUGAAAUCACUGCCAUAUCAGCUUCAACAUCUCACUGCUCUUAAGGAACUGAGGAUAUUUUCAUUCACCGGAGUGGAAGCUUUACCAGAGUGGUUGGGAAACCUCUCUUCUCUUACUUCUUUAAGCAUUUAUCGGUGUAACAAAUUGAAGAGCAUUCCAGAGGAGUGCCUAGGUAGGCUCACGUGCUUGGAGAGCUUAUCGAUGGGUCCUUUCUGGUCUGAGUUGGAAGAAUACCCAGGGCUCUCUUCCAUCCAUCACCUCCACGCCUCCCUCAAAGAUUUGACUUUGGAAGGAUGGGAUAAACUAAAGUCACUGCCACAUCAGCUUCGACAUCUCACUGCCCUCCUGCUAUUGACUAUAAAUCGAUUCAAUGGAGUGCAAACUUUACCAGAGUGGUUGGGAGACCUCUCUUCUCUUCGGUUGCUUGAGAUUCUUGAUUGUGAUAAUUUGACGCAUCUGCCUUCUGUUAAAGCCAUGCAUCGUCUCUCCAACUUAGAAACUUUUUAUAUUGGAAAUUGUUCCAAAUUAAAGGAAAGAUGCGCUAAAGAGAGGGGCCCUGAAUGGCCCAAGAUUUCCCACAUUCCGCAAACCUACAUCGGGUAGAUGACCCUGCAAUCCCUAAAGGAUCUAGGUUUUGAAGAGAAGAGUUUCUACUCUAAUGAAUGUUUUACGAUUAGAUCUGGAUGUCUUGUAACUGCUGGAAAUGCAACAUUUAAAGAGCAUUCUUUCCUCUAGACAGCUGGAAUGGUGAUGGUUACUGAUUAGGACCUCUUGUCAUGGGCACUGCAGAUUACUGGUACAUGCAAGUAACAUUUUGGCUUUUGUUGGGAUCCCACAAAUCCCAAUGUCAAAUUAUCUGUACAUACACUUUGCUGAGGAUAAAGGGCUCCAAGCAAGCUAGAAUAGAGAAUUAAAAAAUACUCAAAAUGGAGAACUUGUAUGGUGCCAUGGUUCCAGAGUACUCUAUCACAAGCAAAGCACCAAAUACAGAUUUAUAGCUGUUCAGUGGAGAGAGCAUUGGCUUUUACCUGGAAAGAACCAACAGAUCAACCCUUUCCAUUUGUUCUCAAUGCUCUUGCUGUUGUGAAAAUGCUAAAGGAGUUGGUUGAUGCAAUAAUCUACUGAAAGUCAACAUAUGUAGUGGAGAGAAACCGACAACAAGAUCACUAUGCACCUAAAGAUUGCUCCUUGGGUGGUCUUAAUAGCAUCCAUGAGGGUUAUGAUCCUUCCAACUAGGAUGAGUAUCAAGUUCACAAAGUUUAUAGUUACUGACUACUAACAUAUACAUUGAAUAUGCUGGAACUUAUCCUCAUGUAUCUUAUCUUGGAAUACUACAGUUUUCUAAAUUUAGAAGGAAACAAGCUUUCUGGCUUUCUUCCCCCAAACUCAUGGUCAAGGAAUAUAUCAACUUAUUCAGUAUGUGAGAGGAGAAGAAAAACAAGUCUGUUGUUCCACUGGAAGCAUCGGCUGCAACAUUUGUCUUCUUAACUGCAAGUACCUACAUUUUGGUCCCUAGACGGAAUAGACAAAUAAAUAAAUGACAAGAUGUAAAGAAGUUGAACGCUGAAAAAGAGAACAAGAUGGGUACAAUUACUUUGAAGUCAAAGAAUGGAAAAUUUACAUGUUGUGAAUUUGUGAAAAUUACCAAUAUCUUUGAGAGAGACAUCAGAAGAGGGCCAUGGGAACACUUUGAUGAUUACUUAGAUGAUGGUUCUUAAGUAGCCUAUAGCCAUAGAGAUGCUAUCUCAUCAUCUGGUCAAGGGUACAAGGAGUUUCUUGUAGAGGUCAAUCAGCAAAAAAUUGUCUCUGCUUUGUUUUCAAGCCUUGAAGAAAAUUUUCAUUGGAAAAGGAGACUCAACUAAAGAAGUGUUUCUCUCUGCAAUUUGCAUCAAUACAAUUAGCCUUGUUUGCUGGAAUAUUUUCUAGUCCUCCUUAAUUUGUGGGGUGACUCUUAAUGGUUUGCAAGCUGAGUUGCAGUACAAGAUAGCUGAAAACCUGAAGAUACUGAAGUCGGAGUUUUCUCCCUCUUAACUGUCAUGCUAAUUUGAAAAAAGCUUGAGAAAGAGGUAGAAUCUUGAGAUUUCAUUAUGUAUGCCUCCAGUUCCAUCCAGGGAAGUGAGAUUUUGAUGUUGUUAUGCUUUCCAUCUAGAGGAAAACUCUGUUAAGUCUACAAUUUUUCAUAGUG